AGAGCACGGAUUCCUCCGUGAAGAGAAGGGAAGCGAAAGGUUCCGUCGACUAGGGUUAGGGUUUCUUUUCCGGCGGAAUCGUUGAUCUAUCGAUCGAUCGAUCGAUCUCAUAGACAUGGCGUUGGAGUGGGUGGUGCUGGGCUACACGGCGGGCGCGGAGGCGAUCAUGCUGCUCUUCCUCACCCUCCCGGGGCUUGACGGCCUCCGUCGCGGGCUUGUCACCGUCAUCCGGAGUGCCCUGAAGCCGCUCCUGUCGGUGGUGCCCUUCUGCCUCUUCCUACUCGCCGACAUAUACUGGAAGUACGAGACGCGACCGACCUGCGAGCAGGAAUCCUGCAGCCCUUCCGAGCACGUCCGCCACCAGAAGUCCAUCAUGAAGAGCCAGCGCAACGCUCUCCUCAUCGCCUCUGCCCUCCUCCUCUACUGGCUCCUCUUCUCCGUUACAAGCCUUGUCGUCCGCAUCGAUCAGCUCAACCAGCGCAUCGAAAAGCUCAAGCGCUCCGAGUGAGCCCAAGAUCUUUAGAUCCGAACGGAGAGUACAUGUGCCUUCAUAUUACGUUCGGGCUUGGCCGAUUUCGCCCUUUCUUUAUCAAUGGACCCACUUUACCUUUUUGAUGUUAAAGAUGUAGGUUUUAUUUGUGUGCUCUGUUGCUGAUUUAUGCAUCUUUUUAUGGUUGAGACCAGUAUAAGUAAUCGUUAUUUGCUUUUUAAUUCUUAACUAGCCUGUUAUGAGAUUUGUGAAAUUACUCGGGAUGAUUAUGGUCUUUGGUUUCAGUUAUUGGUGAAAAUAAUGGUUUUCUUGCA